AAUAACUUUUAUUUAAUAAAUGUUGUGUUGUGACUGUGUGUUUCAGUGGUACUGGGUCAGGAUGGCUGGAGUGUGACAUACACUACUCAGAGUAUCUGUACCUUGAAGGGGUCAUCAGUGGAGAUGUCCUGCUCUUACACAUAUCCCAGAGGUUAUAUCAUCACAACAACCUUCUGGUUCAUAACAAAUAAUGCUGAGGGGAAUCCUGUGAGUCUGAGUGAUGACCCAGACUACAAAGGACGUGUGACAUACCGUAGUGAUAAGAUGAAUGGACACACCCUGACAAUCACAGACCUGAGAGAGAGUGACUCAGCUACGUACAUGUUCAGCUUUAUAACAGAUCAGACCAGAGGGAGAUAUACUGGCAGUCCUGGAGUCACUCUGUCUGUUACAGACCUGCAGGUGAAGGUGACUCCUACAUGGCGGGCAACGUCGAAGACACUGACCUGUAGCACCACCAGCUGUCCUCUGACUGGUAACCCCACCUACAUCUGGUACAAGAAUGGACAGGUUGUAACUGAGAACACUUUACACUACUCAGUCUACCCUGAUGCUGUGGACAGCUACUUCUGUGCUGUAAAAGACCACGAGGAUCUUCACUCUCCGGCAGUGUGUGUUCAGGGUCAGAGCUGCAGCAGAGUGAAUUACACCAAGAGGAGAAUCUGUGUCUUGAAGGGGUCAACAGUUGACAUAUCCUGUACUUAUGUUGGUUAUUAUUACACCACAUCAUCAUUCUGGUUUAGAAGUGAUAAGUCGACCCCUGAAGACCUAACCAGAGACCCAGAGUAUGCAGAUCGUGUGGAGUACACUGGAACAAACAGAGGUUCCUUCACCCUGAGAAUCUCAGAUCUGAGAGAGGAGGACUCAGCUGAGUAUCGUUUCACUUUUAAAACAUACAGCAUUGAGUGGGGUCAUAGUUUCCCUGGAACCAGUCUGACUGUGACAUUAUUCUCUCUUCAUUCAGACCUGCAGGUGAAGGUGACUCCUGGCACAGUGACAGAAGGAUCAUGGGUUACACUGACAUGUAUCACCACCUGUACUCUGACUGACAUCCCCAACCCCACCUACAUCUGGUACAAGAAUGGAGAAUAUCUAUUUUCUGACUCCUCUCCCCAGUAUCAAUACUCAGUCAGUAGAGGAGGUUCUGACAGCUACUCCUGUGCCUUAAGAGGCCAUGACAAACUCAGCUCUCCUGGAGUCACAGUGGAUGCUUCUUCUCUGAGCUGCUUAAGGGUGACCUACACCAGUAGGAGCAUCUGUUCCUUGAUACCAUCCGUGGACCUGCCUUGCACUACCAUAUAUCCCACAGACCUGCAAGUGAAGGUGACUCCUGACACAGAGGCAGGGAAGAGGACACUGACCUGUAGCACCACCAGCUGUACUCUGACUGACAACCCCACCUACAUCUGGUACAGGAACGGACAGUCUCUUGAUUGGCUCACUUCCCAACAACACUCUGUCUGGAGUUCUGAAACAGAGAGUUACUCCUGUGCUGUUAAAGGCCAUGAGGAUCUCCGCUCUCCUGCAGUGUGUGUUCAGGGUCACAACUGCUGGAGGGUGACUUACACCAAGAGGAGAAUCUGUGUCUUGAAGGGCUCCACAGUGGACAUAUCCUGCUCUUACACUCAUCCCACUAGUUACAUAGAACAAGGUUCAUUCUGGUUUACACAGAAACACCCUGUAGAUGUCAGGUCAUAUCCAGAGUCUGCAGGUCGUGUGGAGUACAAUAGGAACACAGAGAACCACCAUACCAUGACAAUAACACACCUGACAGAGAAGGACUCGGCUGAAUACAAAUUCAGAUUAAUAACAACAAACGAGGGGAGAUUUUCUGGUCUUCCUGGUGUGAUGUUGACUGUCACAGAUAUCCUGUUGGAGAUGGAUCCUACAUCUGUGUCAGAGGGGGGGUGGGUCACACUGAGAUGUAGAACCCAAUGUACAGUCGGUCUCAACCCCACCUACAUCUGGUACAAGAACGGACAACGUCUGACCAACCCAGUCACCAGUUAUAACAGCCGGAUCGUAUACCCAGUCAGCAGUGAGGAUGCAGGAAACUACUCCUGUGUUGUAGAAGGCUUAGAGAGAAUCCUCUCUCCAGAAGAGACUCUCACUGUCAGAUAUGGCCCAAAGAACACCUCAGUGUCAGUCAGUCCCUCUGGUGAACUAGUGGAGGGCAGUUCAGUGACUCUGACCUGCAGCAGUGAUGCCAACCCACCUGUGGACAAAUACACCUGGUACAAGAAGAACGUGACCUCACCAAAAGCAUCAGGACAGAGUUACAUCAUCACUAACAUCAUCUCUGAGGACAGAGGAGAAUAUUACUGUGAGGCCCAGAAUGGAAGAGGAUCUAUGAACUCUACAGCUCUGAUGAUCAUUGUAGCAGGGAAACAAACCUCAGUUGUGACUGCAGCUGUAGGAAUCAUAGUGGUUGUUCUGGUUCUCAUCCUCUGUCUCUCUGGACUCAUGUGGUUCAGGAAGAAGGCCUCCAAACCCACCAACACAAGAGACACAUCAGACGAUGGACAGGGAGACUCUAGUCCAGUGUAUGACAACAUCUCAAACAUGGCCAUGACCUCUACUGCAGCACAGACAGCUGACACAGACAACCAGGAUGAUGUUCACUACGCCAGCGUCCAAUUCUCUCACUCCAAAAACCAGGAAGUGCCUCUAUACUCCACCGUCCAGCUGCAUCAACCACAGAAACAGGACCAAGAUGUCCAAUACGCUGCUGUGAAAUUCAACCUCCCCAGUUCUGCCUCCCAACCAGCAGCAGCACAAGCAGCUGAGGUGGAUGCCUCUGAGAUCUACAGUACAGUCAACAAACCCAGAACCAAGAAGACUUGAACAUAACAAACCCAGAACCAAGAAGACCUGAACACAACAAACCCAGAACCAAGAAGACAUGAACACAAAUGCCCAGAACCACAAACCCAGAACCAGGAAGAACUGAACAAAACAAAACCAGAACCAAGAAGACCUGAAUACAACAAACCCAGAAACAAGAAGACAUGAACAGAACAAGUUUGACAAAAGCCUUGUAUAAAUAUAAAUAAAACCUUGUAUCGGGGUUUGUGGUAUGUGGCCAAUAUACCACGGCUAAGGGCUGUAUCCAAGUACUCAGUGUUACAUUGUGCACAAGAACAGCCCUUAGCCGUGGUAUAUUGGCCAUAUACCACACCUCCUCAGGCCUUAUUGCUUAGGUUUAUAAGAGCAAUAACAUACUUCAGGGGUUUGUGGUAUAUGGACAAUAUACUGUACCACGGCUAAGGGCUGUUCUUGAGUGAAUGUGCCGUGCUGCAAUCCCCUGAGGUACCUUAUUGCUAUUAUAAACUGGUUACCAACAUAGAUUGAACAGUAAACAAGUAUUUUUGCAUCAUUCCCGUGGUAUAUUGUCUGAUAUACAGUAUACGCUUCUGAAAUGCUGUUUCAGCCAAUCAGCAUCCAGAACCCAAACCACCCAGUUUAUAAUAGUAUGUAAUAAUAUUUUCCAUCCAGCAGACACUUUUAUCCAAAUUCUCUCAGUCAUUACAGCCAUGUUCAAAUACAUGUAUCGUAUGUGUAGUCCCAGCAGUGUCACGCUCAUUAAAAUGGACGGACCAAGGCACAGCGUGAGUUGGGUUCCACAUAUUUAUUUGCAGUGAAACUUAAACCAAAAACAAGAAACAUACAACAACCGUGAACUACGUGGUGCUGAAAGCACUAACACAAAACAAUAUCCCACAAAGCAGGUGGAAACAGGGAACCCUUAAGUAUGAUCCCCAAUUAGAGACAACGAACAUCAGCUGCCUCUAAUUUGGAACCAUACGAAGAGCACCAACAUAUAAAUGAAAAGACUAGAACAGCCCCUAGUCAUGCCCUAACCUACAACGCCACAGAGAACCAAGGGCUCUCUAUGGUCAGGGUGUGACAAGCAGGAAUUGAACCCAUGCACCAUGCUGUACAAACUAGGCCACACAGAACUACUCUAUUCACACUUAGAGUAGGAGUUCGGAUCUAGGGUCAGUUAUGCCUUUUAAACUAUGAUGAAUAAGUAGGACCUUAACAUUCAUUUUAUUUUAUUGUAAACAUUUCUGAUUACAGCAUCUUUUUCCCAAAAUGUUGUAUUUCUGAAGUAGGCAACCUCAAGGUCCAGUUGUAUUUUAUAUAACUAUAUAUGUUUGUAUGUUAUAUUUCUGAAGUAGGCAACCUCAAGGUCCAGUUGUAUUUUAUAUAACUAUAUAUGUUUGUAUGUUAUAUUUCUGAAGUAGGCAACCUCAAGGUCCAGUUGUAUUUUAUAUAACUAUAUAUGUUUGUAUGUUAUAUUUCUGAAGUAGGCAACCUCAAGGUCCAGUUGUAUUUUAUAUAUGUUUGUAUGUUAUAUUUCUGAAGUAGGCAACCUCAAGGUCCAGUUGUAUUUUAUAUAACUAUAUAUGUUUGUAUGUUAUAUUUCUGAAGUAGGCAACCUCAAGGUCCAGUUGUAUUUUAUAUAACUAUAUAUGUUUGUAUGUUAUAUUUCUGAAGUAGGCAACCUCAAGGUCCAGUUGUAUUUUAUAUAACUAUAUAUGCUUGUAUGUUAUAUUUCUGAAACAAUCAUCAGACUUGUGAGACUAUAUGCUGUAUGAAGCUUAGAACCAGAAAGUCAUUAUAUCUGCUUCUAUUAUAUUGUAUUACUUCAUAUGGUACUAUUAGAUGAUACACGUAGUAUAAGUUUGCUAUAUUUUUUUGUUUUUAUGUCCAGGAAAGAGUUCUGCUUGAUGCAAGGUUUCUUAUCGCUUUUAUCAAAUGUUGUUGUUUUUUUAAGCUAGUGUGUGAAGUGUGACUUUUUUAAUGAAUAAACUUCAUCGUCAUUGUUUUCA